GAGAGGUCGCUAGAGUGGAACGAUUUGCGGUCAAAAAACGUCGGCCGGCUGUGUUUGGGAUCUGGAGGAGAGAGCAAAAUCAAAUUAACCAAAAAAUCGGACACAAUGGAAAUCGCCCUGCUCCCGGUGGAGUGCCUCUAUUCCAUUUUCGCCUUCACGUCGCCGAAGGACGUCUGCAGAUUCGCCGCCGUCUCGCCGGCGUUCAGAUCCGCCGCCGAUUCCGACGCUCUCUGGAACACUUUUCUGCCGGCGGAUUACUCGGCCAUCAUUUCUCAGUCCUCGUCUCUGAAUUCCUUAUCCAAGAAGGCUCUCUACUUCCAUCUCUGCGACAAUCCUCUUCUCAUCGCCACUGGAAAUUCGAGCUUUGUGUUGGAGAAAGAGAGCGGGAGGAGAUGUUAUAUGAUAGGAGCAAGAGAUUUGGACAUUAUUUGGGGGAAUUCGACAGAAUAUUGGACUUGGAAAUCCCUCCCUGAAUCAAGGUUUUCCCAAGUGGCUGAACUGAACUUUGUGUGGUGGCUUGAGAUCAAAGGGAAGAUAGAGGGUAGAGAGUUAAGUCCCAAAACCAAGGGCCGAGGUCGAGGAGGGGAAAAUGGUGCUGUUGGACCCUCCUGAAGGAACUCCUACAGAAUUUCAUGAGAGAGCCGAUGGGUGGAUGGAGAUUGAGAUGGGCGAAUUCUUUAACGAAUUAGGAGAUGACGGCUCCAUUGUUUUCAA